AUGAACAAGCUUUACAUAGGCAACCUCAACGAGGGCGUGACCCCCGCCGACUUGGAGAAAGUGUUUGCGGAGCACAAGAUCUCCUACAGCGGCCAGUUCUUGGUCAAAUCCGGCUACGCCUUCGUGGACUGCCCCGACGAGCAUUGGGCGAUGAAGGCCAUCGAAACUUUCUCUGGAAAAGUAGAACUUCAAGGAAAACGCCUAGAGAUUGAGCACUCUGUCCCCAAAAAGCAAAGGAGUCGGAAAAUUCAGAUCCGAAAUAUUCCACCCCAGCUCCGAUGGGAAGUGCUGGACAGCCUGCUGGCUCAAUAUGGUACCGUGGAGAACUGCGAGCAAGUGAACACCGAGAGCGAGACAGCCGUGGUGAAUGUCACCUACUCCAACCGGGAGCAGACCAGGCAAGCCAUCAUGAAGCUGAAUGGCCACCAGUUGGAGAACCAUGCCCUGAAGGUCUCCUACAUCCCUGAUGAGCAAAUAGCACAGGGUCCCGAGAAUGGGCGCCGAGGCGGCUUUGGCUCCCGGGGUCAGCCCCGCCAAGGCUCACCUGUGGCGGCGGGGGCCCCAGCCAAGCAGCAGCAAGUGGACAUCCCCCUGCGGCUCCUGGUACCUACGCAGUAUGUGGGCGCCAUCAUUGGCAAGGAGGGUGCCACCAUCCGCAAUAUCACAAAACAGACCCAAUCCAAGAUAGACGUCCACAGGAAGGAGAACGCAGGUGCAGCGGAGAAGGCCAUCAGUGUGCACUCGACCCCUGAGGGCUGCUCCUCCGCCUGUAAGAUGAUCUUGGAAAUUAUGCAUAAGGAGGCAAAGGACACCAAAACGGCUGAUGAGGUUCCCCUGAAGAUCCUGGCCCAUAAUAACUUUGUGGGGCGUCUGAUUGGCAAGGAGGGACGUAACCUGAAGAAGGUGGAGCAGGACACAGAGACGAAAAUCACCAUCUCCUCGUUGCAGGACCUCACCUUGUACAACCCUGAGAGGACCAUCACCGUGAAGGGGGCCAUUGAGAACUGCUGUAGGGCCGAGCAGGAAAUCAUGAAGAAAGUUCGGGAGGCCUAUGAAAAUGACGUGGCAGCCAUGAGUCUGCAGUCUCACCUGAUCCCUGGCCUGAACCUGGCAGCUGUAGGUCUUUUCCCAGCCUCGUCCAGCGCAGUCCCACCACCCCCCAGCAGUGUCACUGGAGCCACUCCUUACAGCUCCUUUAUGCAGGCUCCGGAGCAGGAGAUGGUGCAGGUGUUCAUUCCUGCCCAGGCGGUGGGCGCCAUCAUUGGCAAGAAGGGGCAGCACAUCAAGCAGCUCUCCCGGUUCGCCAGCGCCUCCAUCAAGAUUGCUCCUCCUGAAACUCCUGAUUCCAAAGUUCGAAUGGUCAUCAUCACUGGACCCCCAGAGGCCCAAUUCAAGGCUCAGGGAAGAAUCUACGGCAAACUCAAGGAGGAGAACUUCUUUGGCCCCAAGGAGGAAGUAAAGCUGGAGACCCAUAUCCGGGUGCCAGCAUCAGCAGCCGGCAGGGUCAUUGGCAAAGGUGGCAAAACGGUGAAUGAGUUACAGAAUUUGACAGCAGCUGAGGUGGUGGUGCCAAGAGACCAGACCCCUGAUGAGAACGACCAGGUCAUUGUCAAGAUCAUUGGGCAUUUCUAUGCCAGCCAGAUGGCUCAGCGGAAGAUCCGAGACAUCCUGGCUCAAGUUAAGCAGCAGCACCAGAAGGGACAGAGUAACCAGGCCCAGGCACGGAGGAAGUGA